CAUCUUCUGAUUCUGCACGGCGCACGCAUUCGCAGAAAGCUGAAAGCAUCUUCGGCAGACAAUAAUGAUGACGGCCCGCCCAUACCGUACAACAGUCUUCCCUAAUACGGUAGUGCACAGCACAGUGCUCGGAGCUAGUGAAGCUGCCAGGAUUGCGCACGUACAUUCUUAUGCUUGAACAUCUGCUGCGCUGGCCGUACGUAUGUGCCGUACUGCUGCACAAAUGCGUGUGAUGGUGACUGGUGGCAUGGGGUUAUCAGCGCCGUAUUGCAAGGCGAGGUUUCAGUCACAUGAGGAACGUUGGCAACACCUACGCCACGGCCAAGAAGGGUAAGCGGCAGUCUGAGGCGCACAAGGCUGCCAUUUCGGCGGCCAAGAAGGGCAAGAAUACCACCUGCUUUUGCGGCAAGUGUGGCAAGUGCAAGGCACGGGCCGCGAGUCAGAGGUACCGGGACAAGAAGAAGGCCAAGAAGGCCUAGACAACUGCAAAUCCGCCCUCCAAAACCGGUGUUUAUCAACAGCACCCAUGCAUCGGCAUCGGACACAAGUUCGAGUGAGCAGCAACUGGGGUUGAGUCGUCAUGCAGAACUGAGGCCGGUCUUGUUGAGGCCCGCGCUGGCUGCAAGGCUACCACCGGGGUGUGCUGUUGAGUCGUCAUCACCGCUUGUACCCAGUCUGCUGCACUUUCCCACGGUAAGGAAAGUCGGGUGUCUAUCGCUUACAGCUAGCUUACGGUUUUACAGCUAGCAAUGCCCGGGGGCGGCACGGGCUCCGGGACCGGCUGCUCGCCAGCCAGACAGCGCCGAUGUCGGUGGGCCUAAUAAUG